CUUGAUUCUCCUUUGAACUACCUUUCUUUUGGUCAUAAAAGCUUUUCUUCUCAUUUUCUUUCAAUUUUUUUUUAGAUCGGUACCACCGCAUAACUUUUUUUUCUAGAUUCUUUUGUUUCUGUUGUUUUUGGAGCAAAUUUCAUUCACUUUAAUUUUCUAAAACAUAGUGGUUCUCCUACAGAUUUGCCCAAAAAAUGGUGAGGAGAAAAGUGGUUGCCACUAACGAACACAUUGGAACCUCCAACGAAGCUUUUCUGACUUCUAGUCAUUUCCAGAAACAUGAUUUAUAUACUUGGGUAGCUGAGGAAGUUAAAAAUACUCCUUCUACCAUCACCAAAAAAGAUCUUGAUGAAUUGAAAGGGUCAGGUGUGAUCUUCACUUUUGAUGAUGUCGGUAACCACUACUCACUUACUCUCCCUAACUAAGGAGAGCGGCGUCUUUGCCAUAUUAAUCAUCAUGCCAAAAAUGUUCCAGAUUGGAUGUGGAUGUAUGAAACUUUAUUUACAUGUCUCGGAGUUCGGAUUCCUUUUUCUGAUUUUCAACAAGAUGUCUUGAAGUUGUGUGGAUGUGCCCCUUCUCAGAUGCAUCCUAAUAGUUGGGCCAUCAUUCGAGGAUUUGAACUACUAUGUUCAUUCCUCGACUUUCCCAUCUCCACCAGAGUGUUUUUUUACUUUUUUAACUUUGCUAUUUCUUUUGGUGCUUGUGGUCAAGGUUUCUUAUCUUUCCAAGCUAACCACAAUCAUAGAAUUUUCAACCUUUUUGAAGAAUCGUACCAUGGUUUUAAAGAAAAAUAUUUUAAAGUUGAAAGGGUCUCUGGGUCCCAACCUUUUUUCAUGACUUCGGAGAAUGAAAAAAGGUUUAACCUUUAUUGGAACUUUCACGUUGCUUCUCCAAAGAUUGAAUUGAAAGGUAUGAACCCAAUAGAGCGUGACAUCAUUCACACUCUUCUUGGUUUAUGGAAUGAUAACCCUUUGGAUUUGAGGAUGAUCCUUGCUGAUGUGCAAGCUUCUAAAAAUGUUGUUGUUAAAAUGGUUGGUGGAACUGAGGCCAUUACUGCUAUGAGGCGAAAGUUGGGUACUAACACUAUCUCGACAAACACUGAAGGCAGGGAUAUGAUUUCUUCUUCAACUAUCCAUGGCAAUCUUUCACCUCCAGAACCUCAGAAAUCAACCAUUGAUAUUGAAAUCUUAGAUGCCCAUCCUCCUUCGAGCUCUCUAGUGAGAAAGAAACAAAAGAGCAAGGACAAAAGGCUUAAUCAAUAACCACUCAAGCGGAAGAUCUAAGUUCCUAUGGUUGUGUCUUGAAAAAAGAUUUCCGCUACUGUGACUUUGUUGAUUCUUUCUUAUUGACCGAGGAGACCAAGUCAAAGUUAGUUGAGAUGCCUGUGGAAGACACCUUACCUCGAAUUCAAAAGAUUCUCCUUCGCUCAGCUGCCUUCGUUCGGGAUGUAGAGAAGGAGAUCCCAAGCUUCCGUUCUAAAAUUGCAUCAAAAGAAAAGGAGCUUCAAACUUCUGCUAUUCAAAUUCAAAUUUUGAAUGCUACCUUAGCCUCGUUACAAGAAGAUAAUAGGAAACUCCGAGAAAGUGUUAAAUCUUUGGAAGAGGAUAAGAAGACUUCAGUAUCUCGAGUUAAGGAUUCGAUGAAAAAGGUUGUUGAGAUGGAGAAGAAUAACUCUACACUUGCCAAGACUGUUGAGAAUGCUGAACGUGCUGCUAUUGAUGGUAUUUUCGAUGCUGAGAAGAACAUCUUCAACCAGAUCAAGCUUUUGGCUCCUGAGUUGGAUAUCUCCUCAGUUAGCGCUUUCAAGAAGGUCAUGGAUGGGCAAGUAGUAGAUAUUACGUACUAAGUUUUUUUGCAUUUUGCAAUGUAUUUCUUUCUUUUCAGGGUAUUUUCCACUUUAACUUUGUGUUGGUUAAGCUUAUGUAACUGCCCUUUAAUUCUAGAAUUUCAAUCUCACAUGACCAUUUUAAAUAACUUAU